CCUGGGACUCCGGGAUCGCGCCCAUACCUAGACCGUGCACGGCUGCGGGCUUUACUCGGUGCAGAGACCAGUCCCUGCGCUGCAGGCGGGGAAACUGAGGUCCGGGCGCCUGGGGCGGAGCUGGCCCCCGGGCGAGCCCGAGCCCCCGCCCCCGGCCGGCCCCGCCCCGGCCCGUAAGAGGCCCCCUGGGCGCCUGGCGAAAGCGCACAGUGCUGCGCGGGGGCCGGGGCCAGGACCGCGAUGGCAGCUCAGCGGCUGGGCAAGCGGGUGCUGAGCAAGCUGCAGUCUCCGUCGCGGGCCCGCGGGCCGGGGGGAAGCCCCGGGGGGCUGCAGAAACGUCACGCGCGUGUCACCGUCAAGUAUGACCGGCGGGAGCUGCAGCGGCGGCUGGACGUGGAGAAGUGGAUCGACGGGCGCUUGGAGGAGCUGUACCGCGGCAGGGAGGCAGACAUGCCUGAUGAGGUCAACAUUGAUGAAUUGUUGGAAUUAGAGAGUGAAGAGGAGAGAAGCCGGAAGAUCCAGGGACUCCUGAAGUCGUGCAAGAACCCCACAGAGGACCCCUGCCCUGUCCUCAGGACUUCGUCCAGGAGCUGCUGGUGAAGCUUCGAGGCCUCCACAAGCAGCCAGGUCUCCGCCAGCCCAGCCCCUCCGGUGACAGCAGCCUGAGCCCCCUCCAGGACCUGGCCCGGAGCGCGCCACCCUGACCUUCUCGCCUCUGCGGCCCCCUCCCUUCUCCCCUUCACUCCACACCGUCCUGGCUUGUUUCUAAGUUGUAUGUAAUGGUUCUAUAACAACA